GGCUAACAACUAUCAUGCCUCUCGUACUAACCUACAGAUUUUCUUAUUUUCUGUUCGUGUCGCACAAUUGCUAAGUCGAAAAUCUGUGGCUGGUAAACACAGCUUUUCUAGUAAAAUUAAAAUUAAACAAAAAAUAACAAAAAUACCCAGUCAUUAGUAAUAGUGUAUAAUAGAAGCAUAAUCAUUCCGUAGCAAUUAGGGAACAUCAUCCAGACGAGCUGUUGCUGUUGCCGCCGCCGCCACCAUCAACUCUCGGAAAAAUGCCCGCAGUGCGCAAAUAUCGUCGCGAAACAAGUGAAAUCAGUUGCUGCCUCAAAUAUUUGCUCUUUACCAGCAAUGUUAUCAUCUGGCUGACCGCACUUGUGGUGCUCUCCGUUGGCAUUUGGGCCUGGACUGAAAAGGAUAUGUUUCGCAAUAUUAGCAAGCUAACAUUUAUUGCCUUAGAUCCCGCCUUUGUUCUCAUCAUACUGGGCACCAUUACAUUUAUGUUGGGUCUAAUGGGCAGUGUGGGUGCACUGCGAGAAAAUACGUGUCUGCUGAGCGCCUAUGCCAUAUUUCUGAGCGUUCUGUUGUUAAGUGAGAUUGGUUUUUGCGGGCUCGCGUUUGUGCUCAAGGACAAAGGCUGGAUCAAGGAUCAAGCUACUGAAGGCCUGCGAGCAUUUAUCAAGCACUAUCGCGAGGAUCCGGAUCAACAGAAUCUGAUUGAUUGGAUACAGGAGGAUUGGCUGCAAUGUUGCGGCAUCGAUGGGCCGAAGGAUUGGGAUAGCAAUAACUAUUUCAAUUGCUCUUCAAUUGCGAUUGGCAGCCGCGAGGCAUGUGGUGUGCCCUUCUCCUGCUGUCGCCGGCGACCGCAGGAGGUGAUCAAGAACAAACAAUGCGGCUACGAUGUGCGCAAGGAGGGCUACCCAGUGGAUAGAAAUAUACAUGAGCGCGGAUGCUUGCGCGCUGGAGAGGAUUGGCUGGAGUCGCAUUUAAUUGGUGUGGCUGCCACAGUCGUUGGUCUGCUCAUCAUGCAGAGUACGCCGCCGGGCAUGGAGCUUUCAAAGAUUAUUUAUGAGAAAGGCUGCGUUCAGGCUGGCGAAGAAUGGAUUGAGCAUAAUUUAAUUAUUAUUUCCACGGUUGCUAUUGGUGUUAUGUUCUUUCAGAUUCUGGGCAUUUGUUUUGCGCAAAAUUUACGCGCUGAUAUCUAUACACAAAAAUCGAAAUGGCACUGACAAAUGGCGCACGCUGCCCCCACAGCAAUUUAGACAGGUAAGCGACGAUCACAGACAGCAAACAGCAACUAGCCGCAAUUGAACUUUAACUACAAGAACUACAACAACUAUAACUACAACUAUGCAUCAUCUAAAUCAACGCUUCGGUUAGUUACCUAUACUAUAAAUACCUAACUAUAUAUAUAUAUAUGUAUGUCGAUGUAUGUAUGUAUAUAUAUCUACUAAACGUAAACGCAUUCCGUCUUCAUAGACAUUGACUAAAUAUUAACUAGGUUGCCAAAUUUUUUGCUGUUUUACGUAAGCUUCUUUUUUACCCUAAAGAAAACAUAAUAAGAAUGCGCAAAACACAAUUUUCUAUACAUUUUUACACAAAAAGAAAAAAAACGAUAAACGAGAAUAUAUUAUAUAUACAUAUAUAUAUAUAUAUAUAUAUAUACAUAUAAAUGAAGAAGAGAACAAGUAAAUUAACUCGAAAUGCAGCUGUGAUAUAUUUUUAGUAAAUGUAUAGAAAUGAAAUGAAAAAAUAAUGAAAUAUAUUUCAAAAUGCAAAUCCAACUUUCCAGCAUGCAAAACUUCGGCAAUCCGAAGCGAAUAUACCCUAGCAGAGUGUAUAAUAAUGUAUAGGGUAUCUGUUAACAAAUUAAAUAAUAAUGCAACAUUCCCAACCAAAAUUCUACUGCAAGGGUAUUUACUGAACACGAAAUUUCAUUUCAAAUGUAAACAGCAAAAAUCUAGAGACAAAAUAUAUGUUAUAAAUAUAUUGCAGUAUUUUUUAUAACACUAGAGAACAAAAAGUAUAAACAAAGAAAUUUUAUGUGGGGGCACUUAACAAAAAAAAAAAAUAAAAAAUAAAAAAUUAAAUAAAAAAAAAAAGCCAAGUAGUUUGCUGAUUAGAUUUUGGACGAGCUUAAAUUGUACGCGCCGCAUGCUGAUGUAUGUAAUAUAAUAUAUAAUAAUGAAUAAUAUAUAUAUUUUUACAUAAUUCAUUGCAAUUUUUUCCUAAUUUGCAAUUAACAUUUACUAUUGCAUAAUACAUAUAUACAUAUAUUUGUGAAAAAUCACCUGUCUUGUGUUCGUUAUAAGUUCGUUCUUUUGUUUUUAAAUAAGACUGCUGUCGAAUUAGUCGAAACAAGUUUUGCACAAUGAAUUAAUAUUGUUAACAAGUUGUCGCAUACGUACAUAUAUGUAUACAAUAUAUAUUUGUUUAACCCAUGGGUUGUAACACACUAUGCAAGUCCUCUUAAUUUUAACUAAGAAUUGUAUUCUGUAUGUUUAAAAUACUUUGAAUCUGUUAGCAUACAUCAUUGUAAACUCAUUUAACUAAAACUAAGAAUUGUAUUCUGUUUGAUACCUGAGACUUUUAUUAUGUUUGAAAAUAUUUCGAAUCUGUUAACCUCUUAUAUUUCCCCUACUACAAUACUGCCCUAAGGAAACAAUAAGUAACAUAAAAGAAACAAAUUUAUAAUAUAAUAUUUUGAUAUUACAAGUAAAAAUAAUAAUUGUAUUUCGAAGAAUUUACAUUAAACACAACAGAUUUAUUUUUCUAAUUUUCAAAUAUAUUUUUGAGAAUCUCGAAAGCUAAAUGUACUUAAUACUCUACAAAUAAUUUUUUAAAUGCUAUUAACAAAAGGCAGAAAAUAUUGUCUCGAUGCACAAAAUAAAAUAUUUUUACUAAGAAACACAAAA